GAUGUUAGCUCAGGGAUAAUCUUCUUCACCAAAAAAAAAAAAAAAAAAAAGACAGAGAGAUGAAGCUGUCGUAAGGAUCUAAAAAGUUCAUCCAUAAAGCACAGCGGCGCCCGCAUGGAGUCGGUCCCACCUCAGUGUCUGUGAUGUACAAAUGCCAGACUUUCUCCUCCUGGGACAAGUGCCCUUCUCUACCUAACCUCAUCCCUUCAUUCAUUCAUUCAUUCAUUCAUUCAACGCGUAUCCACUGAGCACCCACUCUGCGCCAGGUACCGUUCCAGGGGCACGGAGGGUGGGGGAGAGGGGGUCCAAGUGUGGGGACCCCGCAGGGCGCACACGAGUUCCUGCCCUUGUGGCCUGACGCUCUGGAGAGGCCAAAAUAAAGGAAAGAAGAAGAGACACAGGACUCCGACCCUGACAACACAGAGGCCCCCAGGUCCCCUGGAUGAAAUGCUUCGGGUCCCCAUUUUCCGCUCUUCCAGAGCUCGGCCCCACCGCCCCUCCCCAAGUCCCGAGGGUCCCAGGCAGGACCCUCCUGAGGGAGCCCCGGCGCAGGGGGACACCCCAUGGCCCAUCUGAGCUGUGGCUCAGACAAGGUGGUUGAGUUUGUAAAGUUACCUCUCCUCUGAAACCAAACCAGAACCCGGUUAAACGGGCCAUUCUUACUGGGGCCCCGGGAUAAACUGGGGCCACUCCCGGGGCCUGGCCACGCCCCUGCCCUCGCUCCUCCCCUGCUCACUCCUCCGCCAUCGGCUGAGCCCCGUUCCUCAAAGCCGGUUCAGGCUUCUUCACCCCAGGCCUCUGCCCUCGCUGGUCCGGUUUCCCUGCUUCGAAUAAUUCCCUCCGCUCCUGGAGCUCCCCUGCCUGUGAGCAUGGCUUUGCCCCCGAGCCUCGCCCAGGGGACACGUACUUGCUUUAUAUCAAGAACACCGUCCAUACGUAACCUGCGCUCUCACCUGUGAGCGCUCACCUGGCGCUUAUUUCCUCACUGGCUCCUCUUCUAGCUUCCCAGGGUGGGCACCAGCAGCUCGGCUUUGCAGAGAAGGAAACAGAGGCACAGGGGGGCACAGACUUGGAGCUCCAUUCACGAAGGCAGCCACUCCCCUCUUCCACCUCCUACCUCUGUGCCCAUCCUCCUUGCUAACAGAAUCCUAGUUUUGUGCAGAGUAGCAAUAUACCUAGCCUCAGACAAAAAUACUUGCUUUCCCAGGCUGCUUUGCAGCUGGGGUCCCAAGGUUGCACAGUUCUGGCCCACAAGACACAAGUGUUAGUCAGCUGGAGAGGUGGCUUCUGUGAAAGUUUUUGUUUUCUUCCAUAAAAAAAAAAAAGAUAGACCCAGCCAACACUGCUCUUUGUCCCAUCCCCUUCCCUGAUGAAUACUGAUGAGAUGUCUGGAGCUGCAGCAGCCAUCUUAUGAACAUGAAGCCACAAGUGUGAUGAUACAGGCUAACAUGCUAAGGAUGGGAGAGGAGAAAGAGAAAAAGAGCCUGGAUCCUUGACAACUUUGUUUGGCAGCUGAACCAAUGCCAAUGGCUGCCUUGUUACAGGAAGAAAAUGAAAAUGAAACCACCUGUUUAUUUACUCUACGGUUGGUCAAGCCUUCUGCUAUUGUUAGCUGUAGCUGACGGCACUUGUAACUUGGGUCUUAGGACUCCUAACCCUGUGCUCUUUCUACUGAGUCAUCUGCCCAGCAGUCACCAGACAUGGGGUGAGUCACUCGUUUCUGCUCUGCAAAGUGGUGGAGGACCAGCAGCCCUUCAGAUCAGAAAGAGAGACCUUGAGGCAAGUCAGCGAGGAGGCUGUUUAGAAACACGAAGAACUGUUGGUUGUGGGCAGGAGCUGACAACACGGGGAGGCUCCCUCAUUCUGUUACCGAAACCAAAGUGGGUUGGUUCCCUCCUGGCGAGUUAAAUCAGACUCGCCACCAGAAGCAGGUGUCUCACAAAGUCAAGUCUAUUUGCGGUAAAUAGGAGACCACGAGAACCAUUUCCAGAGUCAUGGCUUCCCGAACAAGGGGAAGCAGGGACUUUUAUUUCGGACGGGGAAUGAAUAUUCAAAAGGGAGAGGCGGGUAUUCGCUUGUACAGGCUCAGCUGGAAAACACACUUCCACAUACACUGCAGGCGAUGGUAAUGAGGCCUGAGCUCCUCCUGGAGAGACCUUCGCAUUAGAAAGCAGGCAAAGGUCACAGGCAUAGCUCUCUCGCGGUGAGGCUUGGUCUGAUUCAGGCUGGUUGUUGACUGCCUCUCCUCAACAUAACCAAAGGAAAAAAACCCAAUUUGGAACAACAGUUAAAUGCCUCCAAACCCACCCUUGAGUUCCUCGGGGCAAACAGUCAGUGACAAGUGACUCCUGAGCACCCAGCAGCACCAGGCCUGGGCUGGGUAUGGGGCUCCAGCAUCAGACUUGGUCCUGGUGAUGAAAUCAUCGCCCGGGGCACGGAAAGCACCUGCCAGCACGACCACUGCAUGCUGGGCUCUCGUCUCAGCGCCGGGCUGCUCCUGUUCCUGCCUCCAAAGCAGAGGCCCUAGGUGCCCCUGGCUGCUCCCAUCCCCCCUCCCAGCAUCCACUGCUCACCAGGCCUGGAGACUUCGGCCUUCCAGUACAUGUCAAACCACCCCCUGAUUAGCCCACUGGCACUCCCUGCCCCAGCCCUUGCGUCUCUACCCUGGACAGUAGCCGUGGCGUCCUCACUGGCCUCCAUUCUCUCUGCCUCUAGUGACCUCCACCAGGAAGCUGGGAGGAUCGUCCUCCUUUGCAAACAAUGGUGCCGCUCAGGAGGCGCUCCUACUGCCUUCAAAACUGCCGAGACAACCACUGAUUCAUUCAGUCACCUAAUCAUUCAGCAAACAGUUGUGGAGACGGUGUGCCAGACCCUGGGUGUGAGGGUGCGUCGAGUGUGGGCCUGCGUUCAGGAGCCGACCGCCCUGCGUGGGGCGCCCAGAGAGCCCAGGGAAAAGGUCCCUCUGCCUGGAUGCUCCCCACGACCGUGGCCGGUACCCCGCACCUAGGGCAUGUUGGACAAGGGUUUGUUGUUUGUAUAAAUGGAUAAGCAGGUGGAAGAUGGACUUUCAUGGAGAGAGAGACCCGACCUUCCAGGACCCAGCUGAGCUCGGCAUUCCGACCACUGAUGCCAACGCGCCAGUCCUGUAUGCCGGCCUUGGAGGUGCCGGCCCAGCUGAGUCCCCAGAUGACAGCAGCCUCGGCCACAAGGGCCACCGGCCUGAGCCCGGCCAGCUCGCGGAAUCCUAAGAGAGGGUAAAAUGACACCCCGAGACAGUGACUUUCUGGGCCCGGAGUCCCGCUCUCUCUCCCUUCAAUCUCUUACUUCUCCUCCUUACCAUCUUUACUCCCCUCGCCGCCCAAGAAAUCUUCACCUCUGGGGACAUCGGACCCUCCAGGCCUCGUGGGAUGUGGGAGGCAGGGCAGGGCUGGCUCUGGGGAGGGGCUGGAGAUCUAGGAAGGUUCUAGAAGACUUCUGAAGGCCUCAAGGGAGGUGACACGGUGAGCUAUCGUCCACCUAACCUGAAGUGCAGUUCAAUUCAGUCCUGCUUGCUAACUGCGUGUUCCACGCCAAGCUGUGCCGGCAGUUGGAGGCGCCGAGACAGGCGAGACCUGCCCUCCGCUCCCCACAGGCUCAGAGGCCGGGGGAGAGACAGACGUGAACCUCGACACCUGCCAUUCGACUUGUUCCACACACCGCAGAAGUGUAUGCAAAACAAAAAGGAAGAGACUCUCGUCUCGGGCCAGAGCUGGGGGCAGAGAGGCCCCUGCCCCAGCACCCCCCCGCCCCCACCCCCUCGCCGUAAAGCAGCCACGACAGGAGGGAGAACAUGAAACAGAAACUCAGGCUCUCAUCUUCAGAGAAACCAGGAGACACCUGCACACGAUGGCGGAGAGCGGAUGGCAGGUGGCCAAUGGUUUAAUGGUUUCACAGAGCCCACGACAGGCAAGCUAAGUGUCUGUUCGGUGGCAGGGCAGGCCAGGGGUUGGAGACAGAAGAGAUGCCGACCAACUGGCCUCGCAGAACUCCAGCGGGCUCCGAGGCAGGGGACUCAGACACCACGGAGGGCAAGGCAGGAGGCUGAAAACAGGGGGUCGAUUGGAAGUCUCUUCAAGGACUGUUAGACCCCCGGUCUGCCUCCUGCACCGUGCAGCCAGGCGGCCACUCCUCCCUAACCCGGGCAGGGAAAUCAACCAGAGAGUUCCGGACCCAGGGACACCAGCUACGGUGUGAGGGGGAGUGAGGCCCCAGACUGCUGACUGAUGAGGUUGACUCCAUUCUGCGUAGAAGAUACUCGCUCCCUCCAGCCCCGCGGCCAGGGGAGGACUACUCCCCACUCCUCGGAAGCUGGCCUCCGUCCUGCGACUUGUUUUGGCCGCUGGGAUGUUAGCAUGCGCAUCACAAGGAGGCACCUGGGCUCUCCUGUGCUGAGAGAAGAUCACGCCCUGGUAAGCCUGCUGGUUCCAAGCAUGUAAAAGAAACAUGGAGCAGAGGUGUUCAGCUGACCCGCAGCCCUGCAGCCCAGCCUAGACCACCCACCCCGGCUGGCCUGCAGGCGUGCAGGGAAAUGUAUGCUUGCUGUCGUGUGACACGGAGAUUUCUGGGGCUGUUUGUCACCGAGCGACAGCUGACUCAACAGGGGGAUUCGGCAGAAGUCUGAAUACUGAACAGGGUGAGCUCAGCCCCUUCCUGGGCCCCGCUCGGGGAUGCUGGCAGCCGGGCAGACACUCAGCCCCGACAGAGAGCUGGACGGGAUCUGACCAUCCCAGAGAAAGUCUUACAGACACUGACAUCUGGUGACAUCUGGGUGUCCUUGACCAAAGAUCCCACUGUGCCUGCAGAGAUGUUCACUAUUUUACAAACUCUACCUUUCUACCUGGAGCUUCUAGUCUGAUUUUUAAUGCUUCAUUCUGAAAAAUGAAUAGAUCAUUAAAGAUGACUAGACAAUCUGGGAAAGCUCUAACGUGAACGAGACCCAUCAGACAGACAGAAAAAAGGAACUAGCAAGAAAUAGAGACACGGCAGCGACCAGAAGAAAACUGUAAAGAAAGAAUCAUUGUUAUCCUUGGAGAGGGAGGGAAAAUACACCACAAAUGAAUGCAGAGAACAGGAGACCGCUUGGAAAUUAAAAAUACGUUGAUUAAAAACUUAAAAAAAUAGAAGCAAUGGAAGAUAAAAUACAGUAAAAAACCCCACAAAACCCAGAACACACACACACACACACGCACACAAGAAACAAGAAAUUAAAGGAUUAAUCCAGGAGGCCAAUAGUCAAAUAAUAGGAAUUUCAGAAAAAAAAUAAUAGAAAAAUCUUUCCUACAACUUAAGUACACAAAUCUUCAGAUUAAAACAGUUCACUGAAUGCCCCGGACACUCGGUGCUGCAGGCGACAUGAGCCAUGUGUCAUGAAAUUACAGAAAUUUAGGGAUAAAGCAAAGAUCCUAGAAGCUUCCAGAAUGAAGAAAAAAGCCACCCAGUGUUACACACAGUGGAUUGAGAAUAAGAAUAGUGCCAAAUAUGGAAAGAUGCCUCCCACUGAGUCAAAGCGGUCCUCAACCUAGGAUCCUCUACCCGCCCAGGCUGUCACAAGUAUGAGGCGAGACUUAACUAUUUUCAAGCAGGUGUACUUUCUCAGGAAGUUACCAACAAAAUAAGGGAGUGAACCGUUAAAGAGGAAGACACGGGAUGAAGAAACAGGACCCACUGUGGGGAGAAGCUGAAGGGGGUCCUUAUGUGGCGGCGGAGAGAGAACCCAGCUGCACACAGGCAGGAGGAUGCGUGGACAGAUGGCAGGUCAGGCGUCUCCAAGAGAAAAUCGCCACCGAGCUUAGACCUGGGGAGUCCACCGUGCGGUUUUUAUGAAGCUGUAGGAGCGUGUGGAAAUACUCAGUGCAAGAAAACGAAGAUGUCGUAAAAAACGAAGCAAAUGAAAGAAAUGAGGCAAUUAUUAGCUCCUGGCAGAGCAAGAAAUAAUAUUUACAUUACAUUAAUAGUGGAAACACUGCGCAUUUACCAGAAAAUUACGUUAUGCUGAGAGGAGGAGGGGAAGGGAAGAGAGUGUGUGAGAAAUCUAAAAUCCUCAUCCACAUCACAGGGAGUCAGUAGAUGGCGUGCAACUGGGAAUCGAGAGAGAAAAGUCAACCGGAUAUUUAGCAAGAUGGAGACAAGUACAAGGAGAAAUAGCUAAGAGGGUGGAAUUGCCUCCCCCGAGGAAGGACGGAAGGACCGUCAGAGAAUGGGAAGGCUUCACGGCAGGUGACGCCUAAAGCUGUUGAAGGAUGAGGAGAGGGAUGGGGGAACAGCCUGUGCAAAGGGCUUGGGGCACGUGUGAGGCUCAGCCUGAAGCCCACGGUGCGUCAGAGAGAGAGGAAGGGGCCAGUGGGAAGAGGGGUGUCAGAGGCGGCUCCAUGGGGCACUCAGGCCACAGCAGGAAUUGUAGAUUUCAUUCUCCAGCAGCAGGUGGCCGCAGGACAGGCUCAAGGAGGAAGCAACUGGGGUGACUUGUAUUUUUAACAGACUCACUCUCCCUGCUGAGUUGAGAGCGAGGGCAGAAGCAGGGAGACCAACAAGAGGUGACGGUGGCUUGGACCGGAAGGAAGUUCAGGGUUGGAGAACUGCGGACCGGUUAGAAAGAUGAGAGCUCGAGGCAGAAGCAAUAAGGCUUGAUUCUGGGGGUGACCAGCUGACAAGCAUUUGCUUCAUCUGACCUGCACAGGAAGGCGGCCCGUUCUACUGAAGCAGAAAGUGCGGCGGGGUUUCACCAAGUCACGCAGCUUGACUGGGGCUCAGCCUCGCCUGCCCAGGCUCCCAGCCCCUCUCACCAACUGCAGGAGACGGCGAGGUGAGAGGACCAUGCUAAUAUGCAGCUCCUUGGUGUCCCUGGGAACUGCUGCUGUGAAAAGGGCUUAACUUACUCUACCUCACAGCAACCUAGGCAGCAGGUGUUGAAGAUGAGGACUGAGGCUCAGAGAGGUUAAGUCACACAUCUGAAGUCACACAGCCAGUAAGUGGCAAAGCUGAGAUUCAACCGCAGCAGGAGCCAGAUGAACUGGAGGACACCCUUGAUGGGGACUCCAGUGACAAAGCCCCGGGGGUCUGGGCUGGGGAGGCAUUUUGGCUCAUCUCAUCUUAUUUGAGAAGACAGACCUCAGCAUCAGUAGCUGAGGAUCCCGGCCUACACUGUGGUUGGCUCUGUCCUGGCUCUCAGGGACGAGAGGAGCCUCGGCUGGGCUCCUGGAAAACCACCUGUCUGAUGGUGGAGGCACAGUCGUCGUCUAGGGGAGCCCUCCAGUCUGAGGGUGGAGACGUGGCCCCAGUUUGAGGAGGCCAGGGUCUGGUGGGGGGAUGCAGCGUCAUCCUGUCUCAGGGAGGCAGGCCGAGCAGCCCACCCAGGAUGCCGGCGGGCAGGACAGCACUGAGGUGCCAGGUCCAGGCCUGAGCUUAGAGGACCUCAGGGCCAGGCAGGGCGGGGCCACCCCUUGGUCCCAGAUGCCCAGCAUCCCGCUCUUCAGAGCUCACAGGUGUGGAGGGCACUUCCUCUUUCUGCCCCGCCGCCCCCAGGAGGCGGGGCCGGUCAGGGGCCCCAGGGCCGCCUCCGCUGGGGAAGGCCCCUGAGUGGGAUGGUGUCUGACUCAGGACACAGCUGCCCGCAGCCUGGUGCCCAGGGUCGCAGCCUCCCCAGGCUUGGGCAGACGCUCAGCCCAGCACAGUCUCCCCUUCUCCCCGCCCUGCUGCUGACUGUCCAUCCAUCCUCUUCUCAUUAAACCCGCAGCAAACGCCUCCUGCGGGCGAGGCUGGGGCCGGGCCUGGGGACAAGGUGCAGACCCCCACAGAGUCUGUCUUUCUGACGCUCCCAGCCCAGCUCAGCGCAGUCUCGAUGAGCUCUGACGAGAGGCCGUGUGGGGCUGGGGGCUUUGGGAUGUCUAGGGCGGGGUCUGCAUCCAGAGCAGGGAGGGCUCCAGGAGGGGCCACCUGAAGGAAGACUUCGUCUCAUACACGGGGGUGGGGUGGUGUGAGACAGCGUCCGGGGCUGGCGGCACAGCCUGUGCAAAGGCCCUGAGGAGAACCAACACUCUCGCUGGUUCCUAAUUGCUGAGCCUUUGCAAAACACAGGUCAGGUCCCACAGCUCCUCUGCUUGCACCCUGCAAAGCUCCCAGCCCUCCCGACUGAGACAGCAAGGCCCCACGGGUUCCAGCCUGAGCGGCUCCCCCUGGCCUGCCUCCUCUCCAUCCAUGCUGGUCCCUUCCUGGUCCUCAAACACAAGCUCGUGGCCACCUCACCUCUGCCUCUGCCUGGGUGCUGUUCCCCAGAUAUCUGCUCUGUCUCUCUCACCUCCUCAGAGAGGCCUUCCCAGCUUGCCUGUGGAAUGAACAAAUGAAUGAUGCAAUGAAUGAAUGAAUGAAUGAGGCAGGGUACCUGGAGCACAGGUGGGUGAAAGAAGUCAGCAGACAAGGAGGCAGAGCGGGGUGGGGACCGAGGCUGGGAUGGUGGGCUUUAUUCUGAGGGCCACGAGAAGCCACGGGACAGCCUUGGGCAGGGGAGGGACAGUCCCUCACUCCCAGGAGAUGCCUCUGAGCCCACCUCCCCCUCAUGAACUUGUCCAGACAGAGGCCUGAGGCCUGGAGCAGGGCCCCGGGCCCACAGCGAGUGGAGGGACAGUCAAGAGGCAGGGGGUCCAGGCGGAAGUGGUGUGUCCUUAGUUCUACUGUGUGCCGCAGCGGCCAGAGCCGCGCCUCUGGAAGCACUGGAUUCCGGCUCUCUGAGGGCCCACUACACAUAGCCUUGGGGACCCAGUGACGAAGCAGGUCCAGCCCCAGGCCUGAGGAACAGCCCGCUACGGAAAGGGGCCUGGAUGGUGCCUGGCACAUAGUAGGUGCUCAACAAAGACUCAUUUCCUUCUUCCCGCCCCUCCCUGACUGUCACCCGUGUUGCCCUUAAUAAAGAACAGCUGCCCAUAGGCCUUUAUGAUGCUCAUACUGAAAGAGGAGCUGAGGAAGGAUCUAGGCCAACCCCCUCAUGAUCCAGAUGAGGAAACUGAGGCCCAGAGAGGGGACAACUCACCCAGGGUCACACAGCCGGCCAGCACAAGCUGGGACACAGCCUCCAGGGGCAGCCAGGCCUGGCCCCAGGGCAGAGCGUCUCAGACCAAGGGUCGGUGAAUGUGGCCCGGGGCCAAGUCCCGCACGGCGCCUGUUUUCGUACAGCCUGCCAGCAAAGACCGGAUUUUACAGACGACCAUUUGCAACUGAUUUGAUGACAGGAAAUACUAACUUUGAACUCCAAUUAAGCAAAACGUGAUUCCCCCCAAAAGAAUUCCAUUCUUCUCCGUAGUAGACCUGGAUUAUAAAAACUGGUCCUCAAUUGUUAUUGUAUUCUGAAUUUUGUCAGUUUACAAAUCGCGGACAUUGGUUUUCUCUUGUAUAAUAUCUUUGAUUUUGCCUCUUGGCCCCCAAAGCCUGAAAUAUUUAUUCUUUCCCCUGUCCUUCCUCCCUCUCCCUGCCCGGGGUUCCCGGGACUCUGCCAGGCUCACGACUCAUGACCCCCACCUGCCCUUCCUCUGCGCCUGGUGUCCAGCUGUGGCCAGUGAGCCCAGACUGCAGGACUGUGGACUCCUAGCCCAGUGCUCGCCCCGUGCUCCCAGCCCUCCUCGUGGCACUGCCCAACCCCACACCCGCCCGGCCUCGGGGGGCCCCAGUUGUCUCCCUGGAGGACAUGUGCCGUGGUGGCGUGGGGGGCGUCUGGCUGCUGCCUCUCGGCCCCCAGCUCCCCUGAGCACCACACUCUCCCCUCCCACCCCCUGCAGGAGCCAAGGCCAGCGUGGGCGCUGGAAUCUCCCCGGUAACAGGGUCUGCCCCCCCAGCCUCCUCCCCAACCUGCCGCCCCUCCUCCCUCACCCCGGCACCUGCUCCGGCCCCUCGGCCCCUCCUCCUGGCCCCUCCUGCGCCCCCACCCCUGCCGCCUCCUUCUCUGGCUCUCCAUGUCACCAUCUGUGGACAAUCCCUCUCUGUCACUCUCCCUGCCACCCCUCCUUCUCCUUCCUCCUUCCUCGCUCUGCUCUCUCUCUGCCUCUCUCCUCUCUCUGCAUCUCUCCCUCUGCCCCUUCUCCUGCUCCCUCUCCUCCUCCUUCCCGUCUCCCUGUCACGCAUUUCUCAUCACCCCCCUCAUUCUGGCUUUCCACCCACUCGCUGGCUUCUCUCUCUCUCUCUCUCUCUCUCCACCUCCGACCGACCCCCCUUCCCUCUGUUCCUAUUGGCUCCUCACAGUCCACUCUUCCCCUUUUCCUUCUCUUUGUGGGGAGGCUUCUGCUGCAGACCCCCCAUCUGUGCCCCUACCCUGCCCCCCCAGGACGUGUCCUGGAGAUGGGGGGUGACGCACCCGGUGCCGGUGGGAAGUCGGGGCCGGAGACCAGAUGGGAGCGGCCCCGUGGGCAGACGUGGCCGCCGCGGGCCUGAGAGGGGCCGCCGGCCUGCGAGCGGUCUAGAAGUGGGCACUGUGUGGGGACCCUGGUGAAGGGGUGCUCUGGAGUCCCUGGGGACCAGGCAGGGAGAGGGGCCAGCAGGAUGAUAACCGGCCUGGCAGCAAGGAGGGGAGCCCUCACCCCAUGGGCAGAAUCUUGGAAUCACAGAACAGCAGAAUAUCGGAGCUGGAAGAAACCAGAUGCAUCACGGCGUUGGCCUCCUCGGCUCACGUGCCAGCUUGCCUGAGCUCCCUCUGUGCUGGGCACUCUGCUCGGCACACUCCCAUUAAUCCUUUGAACAGCCCUGGGAGGGUGCAGUACGUCACUGGCUUAGCCUGGAACCUGAGUGACAAGAAGCUGGCAGCACCGUUAGGAUUCUAAAGCCCACUGCCCCAGGAGCCCCUCCCUUCGUGCCGCUGUCCCGGGCUUGGAGAGCUGCUGAGGGCCGAGGGGGAGGGGAAGUUGGAGGUCAGAUUGGGGGUCUCCCCCCCGCUUGGAGCAGCAGCGAGGGGUGCUCUGAGCCCCAGGCUGGGGUAUGGUUCUCAGCCUUGUCCUGCCUGGUGCUCAGAGCCCUUGACGGCCCAGGUCACCAGGCAGGGGUCAUUGGGCAGGGGCACCCAGAUGGACUCACCCACCCAGAGGCGUUUGCUCGAGUUGGGGGUGCCUCCCCUUCCAGAAGCUUUGCACCUUAAAAGCAGUGUCCGGAUAGGGUCUCGCUGGAGGCGGUUCAGGCCCAGGGUGAGUGGGCCGCGGGUGUUGGAGGAAAGGCUUGUCCUCUGAGGGACUUCUUUCUCCCUCGGGGUUUCUGGAGGAGAGUCAGGGGACAGCCCAGAGCCAAGGGACGGGGUGAGGGUGUCACUAAGACAAAAGAGCAGGGGAAGGUCUGGGUCUCAGAGGAGGCCCUGCUUUCAGCCUUGGCCCCUAACUGGGCCUCCUGUGAGCCGGGAAGCUCUGCCGAGGGCGGCUGCCAAAUCCCGGGGCAGCGCCUCUCCCGGGGCCUCAGUCUCUACCAGCAGCAGUGCACCCCUGCUCUGCACUAAGAAUCGUCCACUCUGGGUUCCUCUGAUUCAUUCGAUGCCUCACACACUGACACGGAGCUGGGGUUGAGGGAAAGAGUCAAAGCUGAGUGGGAGCAUCUCCAACCUAGGGAGCAUCAAGUCUGGCAGGGGAGCCUGGCAGAGUCCCAGCUCCUUAGGAUACGCCAGAGGGAAGCCUGCGGCACUGAUGCGGGAGGAGGCAGCUGUCCGUGUACCUACCGCCAGCACGUUGUGAAUUUCUCCAGCACAAGUCGGCCCUGGGGGAGAAGGGGGCCCGGCCACCAGCACCCAGGCCAGUAGCUGACUGCUGACUGCCCUCCUCUCAGCCAUGGACACCCCCAGUUAUGCUUCAUCGGUGCCCAUGACCUCGGAACCUGGGAACACCUCCUCAGCCUGGCCCCUGGAUGUCACCCUGGGAAAUGUGUCCUCGGACCCGAGCACGACAGGGCUCGCCAUCAGCGGUGUUCUGAUCCCACUGGUCUACCUGGUGGUGUGUGUGGUGGGCCUGCUGGGCAACUCACUGGUCAUCUACGUGGUCCUGCGGCAUACGGCCAGCCCGUCGGUCACUAACGUCUAUAUCCUCAACCUGGCGCUGGCUGACGAGCUCUUCAUGCUGGGGCUGCCUUUCCUGGCUGCCCAGAAUGCCCUGUCCUACUGGCCCUUCGGCUCCCUCAUGUGCCGCCUGGUCAUGGCCGUGGACGGCAUCAACCAGUUCACCAGCAUCUUCUGCCUCACCGUCAUGAGCGUGGACCGCUACCUGGCGGUGGUGCAUCCCACUCGCUCGGCCCGCUGGCGCACGGCGCCCGUGGCCCGCACGGUCAGUGUGGCCGUCUGGGUGGCCUCAGCCGUGGUGGUGCUGCCCGUGGUGGUCUUCUCGGGUGUGCCCCGUGGCAUGAGCACCUGCCACAUGCAAUGGCCGGAGCCGGCGGCGGCCUGGCGAGCUGGCUUCAUCAUCUACACGGCUGCGCUGGGCUUCUUCGGGCCGCUGCUGGUCAUCUGCCUCUGCUACCUGCUCAUCGUGGUCAAAGUGCGCUCGGCGGGGCGGCGGGUGCGGGCGCCCUCGUGCCAGCGGCGGUGCUCCGAGCGCAGGGUCACACGCAUGGUGGUGGCCGUGGUGGCGCUCUUCGUCCUCUGCUGGAUGCCCUUCUACGUGCUCAACAUCAUCAACGUGGUGUGCCCGCUGCCCGAGGAGCCCGCCUUCUUCGGCCUCUACUUCCUGGUGGUGGCGCUGCCCUAUGCCAACAGCUGCGCCAACCCCAUCCUCUACGGCUUCCUCUCCUACCGCUUCAAGCAGGGCUUCCGCAGGGUCCUGCUGCGGCCCUCCCGCCGUGUGCGCAGCCAGGAGCCCCCGGAGGGGCCUCCGGAGAAGACGGAGGAGGAGGAAGAGGAUGGGCAGAAGGACGGGGAGGAGGGGGCAGGGAAGCAAGGGCAGAGGAAAGGGAAGAAGGACCGGGUCAGCCGGAUCACACAGCCGGGCACCAGCGGGCAGGAGCGGCCGGCCAGCAGCACGGCCGGCAAGGAGCAGCUGUUCCUACCCCAAGAGCCCUCAGCUGGAGAGAAGUCAGGCACACUGCACAUCAGCUAUCUGUAGGGGCCUGCAAGCACCAGGGCGGCCUGAGCACCGGGUGGAGGCUGUGGGUGCGCCUAGGGCCUGCCGCCUGAGGUGCCAGGGGCCCGUGAUGGGAUGUCUGGACGCCUGGGCUCUGAUCCCAGUGCUGCUGGGACUCGCUGUGUGACCUUGGAUGGGUCAGCGUCCCCUCUCUGGGCCUCGUGUUGUCCUCUGUGACUCAGGGAUGGGAGUAUUCAGCCUGGAUGAGCUCUGUCAGAUGGGAAGUCUGGAGGGGCGUCAGUGUGGGGCUGAUCCUCCUGAGUCAGGCCCAGGUGGAGGGGACAGGUGCAGACUGGCCUUUCGCUCAGAGACAGAGCAUCCUGGGGCAGCAGCCUGGGUCUUGGCCCAGAGGGAUAAGCCAAGGCCUGGAUUUCCUGAGUCAGGUUCCCGGGAGAGGGACGGGGGCCCCAGGUUCACAGGCAGCUGGACUGGGGCCCCAAAGAGAAGUCCUACCUAGUAGGAGGAGGGUUUGAGACUGCCCAGGGCCUGUGUCAGCUCUCCCUACGUGCUGCAAGGGCUCUCCCCUCGGGACCUCAGGCCUCACCCGCUGAACAACCCAAUGACCUCCAGGCCCUCUGGCCCAGACAGUUGGUGCCAGGGCUCCUGUGCGUCUGGACACGAGGAGACAGGCAGAUUAUCCGGGAAGCUAAUUAAGUCCAGCUUCAGGGUCCCCUACUGCUCGGGCCCUUCUGAGGUCCUGCAUCUAAUCUUGUACUUGUAAUUUUAAGAGGGACCCCAAAUUGCAUAAGCUUAGGCCCCCCAAAACCUAGCUUAGCCUCUGUUGAGGGCAGCUGACCAAUCCCCAGACCAGCUCACUUUGUGUCCUGUGGCUGUAGGAGGGCAUCUCAGGAUCUCUGAGACCUCCAGGAGCCCCCUCAUAGGAGGAAGCAUCCUUGUUCCUCCCCUCCCAGUGCCCAAGGCAGGGACCCAGCCCAGGCAGACGGGCCUGGAAAGAAAGAGUGUCUGAACGGUGCUGAGAGCAAAAGGAUGGGGGUGGGGAGAGGGCAGGAGGAAAGAGGAACAGGAGGGAGGAGUAGGAGGAGGGUGGAGGACACAUCUGCUCCAUGACCUUGGAGCUGUCCUUGGCCCCUCUGGGCUGAGCCCUGUUGCAGCAUCGAUGACACUGGGUUGCUGACGCCUGGCCUGAUCAAUCUCAAGGGAGGAUGUCAUCAGGGUGGAACAGCAAAUGCUCUGAAAGCCCCAGGGCUGGGACCUGGUUGGUGCUGGGAAGAAGGCAGGGCCUUGAGGGAAGCCUGGGGGUGGAGCCCAGAAGCGGGACCUGGCUCCCAGGGAGGGUGGGAGGAAUGGUGCGCCCCCCGCAGGUCAGGGAGCAGAACUCCCCAUCCUCUAUAUUCCCUGGGGCUACAGUUCCGGGAAGCCCAGGGGAAACAAGAGGAGGCUGGAGCGGGACCACAGAAGAGGCCACUGUCCAAGACUGGCCAUGGACCAGCCUGCACUCGCUCCCAGAGACGACCCCUUAGAGCCACAGUGAGACUGGCCCCGGGGAGGGAGGGACCUCGGGCUAAAUCUGCCAGCCCACCACCCUGCAGAGGGUGGGGCAUCCUCAGGGACAGCACGAGAACCACAAAUUGGGAGCCCUAGAUCUUCAGUGCACCUCAGGAUCCUGGUUAGCCUUGACUUCUCUGGGCCUCAGUUUCCCCAUCAUAAAAUGGAGGUGGUUGUCCCAGCUUGCCUGCCUCCUGGGGUGUGGGAGGAAAAUGAGUCCUGCUGGGUGAACUGACUGGUGCACUGCAAUGGGUGGGGGUGGGGCGCAUCAGAUUAUAAAACGGAGGCGGCCCCCUGCCAGGCUCGGCCUACACCCCCUUCUCCUCCACCAAGCGGCCUCCAUUGUCUCCAGCCUUUGGGACUGAAAACACUGCAGGACACGACCAAAGGGGAGUUGGGGCCAAGGAGCAGGGAGGCGGGGCUUGGGGGAGAGAUGGGCCCCCUCAGGGGGAAGGAAGUUCACAAAACCAGACCUUAUGUGGAGGUUGGAGGCUGGAGGCCCAGCUCUCAGUCUGGGGUUCCCCUGAGGAGGAUCUGGGGCUCCGAGGGAAGAGGGCCCCCUAGCAUUCCAGCAUCCCUGGCUGGCCCUGCCUUCCCACCCGAUUCCUGGGGCAGGCGACCGCGUUCUGCAGGGUGGCUGGGAGGCCCCCAGGGAAAUCUGUUGCUGCUUCUGCCCCUAGCUCUUGUCAAUAAAGACGGUGACACAUGACAACA